AGGUUCCUGUAUCACAUGCGGCUCUCCGAUGAGACCCUUUUGGACAUCAUGGCUCGCUUCCAGGCUGAAAUGCAGAAGGGCCUGGGGAAGGACACCAACCCCACAGCAUCUGUGAAGAUGCUGCCCACCUUUGUCAGGGCCAUUCCAGAUGGCUCAGAAAAUGGGGAGUUUCUUUCCCUGGAUCUUGGAGGGUCCAAGUUUCGCGUCUUGAAGGUGCAAGUCUCUGAAGAGGGGAAAAGAAAUGUCCAGAUGGAGAGUCAGUUCUAUCCAACACCCAGUGAAAUUAUCCGAGGGAAUGGCUCAGAGCUAUUUGACUACGUAGCUGACUGUCUGGCAGAUUUCAUGAAGACGAAAGGGUUGAAGCAUAAGAAAUUGCCCCUUGGCCUAACCUUUUCUUUUCCCUGCAGACAGACUAAAUUGGAAGAGGGUAUCCUGCUUUCAUGGACCAAGAAGUUUAAGGCACGGGGAGUUCAAGGCACAGAUGUAGUGAGUUGUCUGACCAAAGCCAUAAGAAAACACAAGGACAUAGACGUGGACAUCCUGGCCUUGGUCAAUGACACCGUGGGGACCAUGAUGACGUGCGCCUAUGAUGAUCCCUACUGUGAAGUUGGUGUCAUCAUUGGCACCGGCACCAACGCAUGUUACAUGGAGGACAUGAGCAACAUUGACCUGGUGGAAGGCGAUGAGGGGAGGAUGUGCAUCAACACGGAGUGGGGGGCCUUCGGGGACGACGGGGCUCUGGAGGACAUCCGCACCGAGUUCGACAGGGAGCUGGACCUUGGUUCUCUCAACCCCGGGAAGCAACUGUUUGAGAAGAUGAUCAGCGGCCUGUACCUGGGCGAACUUGUCAGGAUCAUCUUGCUGAAGAUGGCCAAGGCAGGUCUCCUGUUCAGCGGUGAGAAGUCUUCUGCUCUCCACACUAAGGGCAAGAUUGAAACACGGCACGUGGCUGCCAUGGAGAAGUAUAAGGAAGGCCUUGCCAAUACAAGAGAGAUCCUGACAGAUCUGGGCCUGGAGCCUUCGGAGGCCGACUGCAUCGCAGUCCAGCACGUCUGCACCAUUGUUUCCUUCCGUUCAGCCAACCUCUGUGCAGCGGCCCUGGCAGCCAUCCUGACACGCCUCCGGGAGAACAAGAAGCUGGCGCGGCUCAGGACCACGGUGGGCAUGGAUGGCACGGUCUACAAGAUACACCCUCAAUACCCGAAACGCCUGCACAAGGUGGUGAGGAGACUGGUCCCAAACUGUGACGUCCGCUUCCUCUUGUCCGAGAGUGGCAGCACCAAGGGGGCUGCCAUGGUGACCGCGGUGGCCUCCCGUGUGCAGGCCCAACGGAAGCAGAUCGAUGAGGUGCUGGCUUUGUUCCGGCUGACUCGAGAGCAGCUUAUGGAUGUGCAGAGCAAGAUGAGGACUGAGUUUGAGUACGGGCUGAAAAAGGACACCCACCUGAUGGCCACAGUCAAGAUGCUGCCCACCUACGUCUGUGGGAUGCCGGAUGGCACAGAGAAAGGGAAGUUCCUUGCUCUGGAUCUGGGGGGGACCAACUUUCGAGUCCUCCUGGUAAAGAUCAGAAGUGGACGGAGGUCGGUGCGAAUGUACAACAAGAUCUUUGCCAUCCCCUUGGAGAUCAUGCAGGGCACCGGCGAGGAGUUGUUCGACCACAUUGUGCAGUGCAUUGCUGACUUCCUGGACUACAUGGGCCUCAAGGGAGCCCAGCUGCCUUUGGGCUUCACGUUCUCAUUUCCCUGCAGGCAGACAAGCAUCGACAAGGGAACACUCAUUGAGUGGACCAAAGGCUUCAAGGCCACUGAUUGUGAAGGGGAAGACAUGGUGGACAUGCUCAGGGAAGCCAUCAAGAGGAGAAAUGAGUUUGACCUGGACAUAGUUGCAGUUGUAAAUGACACAGUGGGGACAAUGAUGACCUGUGGCUAUGAAGAUCCUAAUUGUGAGAUUGGCCUGAUUGCAGGAACAGGCAGCAACAUGUGCUACAUGGAGGAGAUGAGGAACAUUGAACUGGUGGAAGGGGACGAAGGGAAGAUGUGCAUUAACACAGAGUGGGGAGCAUUUGGAGAUAACGGCUGCAUAGACGACAUCCGGACCCGAUAUGACAAGAAGGUGGAUGAGGGGUCCUUGAACCCUGGCAAACAGAGAUAUGAGAAAAUGACCAGUGGGAUGUACCUGGGGGAGAUUGUGCGGCAGAUCCUGAUUGACCUGACCAAGCAGGGUCUCCUCUUCCGCGGGCAGAUUUCAGAGCGUCUCCGGACCAGGGGCAUCUUUGAAACCAAGUUCCUGUCCCAGAUUGAAAGCGAUCGGCUGGCCCUCCUCCAGGUCAGGAGGAUCCUGCAGCAGCUUGGCCUGGACAGCACGUGUGAGGACAGCAUUGUGGUGAAAGAGGUGUGCGGAGCCGUGUCCCGGCGGGCAGCCCAGCUCUAUGGCGCCGGCCUGGCUGCUGUCGUGGAGAAGAGGAGGCAAGACCAGGGCCUGGAGUACCUGAAGAUCACCGUGGGAGUGGACGGCACCCUGUACAAGCUGCACCCGCACUUUUCUCGGAUAUUACAGGAAACUGUGAAAGAACUAGCACCUCGAUGUGAUGUGACGCUCAUGCUGUCCGAAGAUGGGAGUGGAAAAGGAGCCGCUCUGAUCACUGCUGUGGCCAAGAGGUUACAGCAGGCCCAGAAGGAGGACUAGGAACCCCCUCGGGCUUGGGCCCCAUGUGCCUUGGAUACUGGCUUGCCUUUCCUCUGGCAGAUGUGUUGGUCAGGGACCAGAGGCAGGCUUCUAGCUGACUUCACAUUCUGGAUGGCCAAAAGAGAACCCCGGGUUCUCGGGUACUCCUAGCAUUUGGUUACUCAGUGUUUUCAGGGGCAUUAAAUGAUAUUUCUGAUUCGCAUAUUUGGGCCAAAGAUGGGCCAACUUGUAAAAUCAAAGCAUUUGGGCCUGAGGUCCCCUUUUAGCAAAUUUUCAGUUGAGGCCGGAGAUGCUAUUUCUCUAUGGCUUUGGGUCCUGUGGCUGUUGCCCAUGUGGCCUGGCUGGCUGGCUGGCUCCCCACUGGGGAGCUUCAGCCAUUGAUUGUAGUAGAUUGGGUCCUCACCUGUGGAUGCACAUUUGAGAAGGAUAGGGAUUCAUGUAAUAAACUGGAGAUCUAAUCUAACUUGUCCUUAACUCAUCAUGCUGACCUGGAACAUGGAAAGAGAAUAAAGACUUGGGAGUAUCAGCCCCAGGAUGAAGAAGGGUUGGUUGCCAGGUGGCCCUGCAGAAAUCCUUUCAUGCUUAAAGUGAGUUAUGUUAGCGCCUGUAGGAUUUUGUUUCUCAAUAUUGCAUGUGUGAUGGGGAGG